AUGCGCUCGCGCUGUAAAUACUGCGGGACACAACGAGCCAAGAACACAACACGGCAGUGGGAACACCUUCAACAAUGCAACGCAUUCUUGGCCACUCCAGAAGGCCAACAAGCGCUGGCUGAUGCGGCGUUGGACCAAGUCGACCCUGCGGCCGCAGAUGUCACGAGCACUCCGACCGCCCAAGGUCCAAUGGUGAAGCCAUACAAGUUCAACACUGGACCGAACCCCAACUUCGCACGUCCAACACGUCCAACACAGCCUGCGAAAGCUAGCAAAGCGGCGAACAAGGCAGCAGCCACCUACCUCCUCUCCAAACUCUCCACCCCGCUCACCACCUCCUCCCAACCCCCCUUCCUCAGCCGCGCCGGCCGCGGCACCCUCACCCUCCCCCACCUCUCCACCUUCCUCACCCAACAAUCCCACCUCUCCCGCGCCCUGCCCUCCUUCAUCGGCAAAUUAAUCGGCAAACUCCGCCUUCCUCCCGUCGACAACCCCCAACUGCACACCGACUGGCGCGCCUUCGACCUCCUCGCCUCCACUCUAAACAACGCAAAGCGCGAACUGGAAUUCCUCCGCACCACAGCCUCCAAAUACAACAUCCCCGUCUCCCCCACCGAACCCCCACGACACGCGACGAAAGCUUUGCUAGACCUCCUCGAGUCCGCCUCAGCCCCUUCCGCAGGGUUACUAGAAGGCCUAAUAACCCUCUGGGCCCUCGAACACCUCCACCUCACCUCCUGGCACCACGCACUCAGCACCCAGCAAACCACGCCGGCACCCCCCCAUCCCCCUCCCACGUCCUCUUACAGCCUACCGACAUUCUAUCAAUCCCCUUACGCGCCGUCCUCGUUCCCUUCUCACCAGCAAGCGGCGAUACCAUCUCAUUCCGCCACGCUAAAAGAGGCGCUGAUACCCAACUGGACGUCCCCGGGCUUCGCGCAGUUCGUCGAUGCGUGUCGCGCGAUUGUGGACGAGGUGGCGAAUGCGCAGACGAGCGGGAGUGGGGCGAGGGAGUUGGGAAAUGCGGAGAGUGUGGCUGGACAGGUUUUGUGGGGGUGGGGAGGGAUGUGGCCGGAGGUUGAGGAGGAAGGAGAGGGAUCCCCUGGCGGGGAUGGGGAGGGAAAUGGGGUGGGUGGGACGAAUGAAGCGCCGAUCUUGAUUGAUGGGAAUGGAGACGACGACGGGGAUGGAGACGACGACGGGGAUGGAGACGAUGACGGGGAUGGUGGGGAGGGGAUGGAAGUUUGUCUGGUGGAUCUUGAGGUGGGAGGGGAAAGUGUGUAG